AUGACCGUUACUGCAGAUCUCUUGUCGCCUUUAAUGACUCCUCUCGCCUUACAAAUAACUAGUAAAGAUUGCGCCGAACAGACAGCGACCGAGUUCGAAACGGUUAAUGAUUUAGACUUAAAUGUGAACAUGCUAUUAGACAAUGUGCAUGAAGCGCCUGACCAAUGUGUCAAGGGACGUUUAAAAGAAAAUGUUGAAUUUUGGAAGCACAUUGGCGCUUCACGUUGGGUUUUAACAGUUAUUCGCGACGGAUACGUGUUACCUUUUGUUGAUCUACCUCAAAGACACAUGUCCAAGAAUCACAUGUCGGCAAUACGAAAUGCUAAAUUUGUUGAUUCGGAAAUUGAGAAAUUAUUAAGUUCAGGUUGUGUCAAGCAAGUGUCAAGUGACCAAGUGCAUGUAAUUUUGCCUCUCAGCGUGGCGUCAAAUAAUGGAAAAAAACAGACUUAUUUUAGAUUUACGUUAUAUCAACAGUUGUUUAAGAGUUUUAAAGUUUAAAUACGAGGAUCUGAGGACUUUCAAAGACAUAUUUCGACCCGGGAACUAUAUAUUCAAGUUUGAUUAUAAGUCAGGGUAUCACCAUAUUGACAUUUUGCCGGAACAUUCCAGAUAAAAGUGUCUGGGAACCAACACAGUGUGGAGAAGUGCUGGGAUUUAUUGCUAACUUUGUGGAUGGUUAUUUUAGAGUGCCUGAGCAACGGAUUGUUAAACUAAAUAAUCAGUUGCACACUAUACAAGUCAAUAACUAUAAAACAACAGCUUAUGGCAUAGCCAAGCUCACUGGUACAAUUAUAUCAAUGGGUUUAGCACUAGGGCCCAUAGCUCGGGUAUGGACACGGGGGCUCUAUCGUAACCUUACGCCCACAACAUUGUGGGGGGAGAUAGUGCACCUGAAUGAGGAUGCCAUUAGAGAGAUUAACUUUUGGGUAGACAGCUUUGCCGAAUGCCAUGGGCAAAAGAUAUGGUUGUCUAGUCCCCUCCCAGAGGUUAUGACCUAUUCAGAUGCCAGUGACACAGGAUGGGGUGGUUAUUGCGUCCAGAUUUCCGGACAGAUUGCAAAAGGUUCAUGGACGCCAGAGGAAGCCAAACAGAGCUCUACCUGGCGAGAACUCCGGGGAACUUAUCUUGUACUGCUGUCGUAUGCCAAACAGUUUCACGGGAAGUUUGUACGACACCGUACUGAUAACAAGAACGUGGAACUAGUAUUGCAGAUCGGUAGCUCCUCAAAAUUAAUACAUGACGAGGUAAUCGCCAUAUACAAACUAUGUCAGCAGCAUGCUAUUCGCUUAUAUCCAGAGUGGGUUCCUCGGAAGCAAAAUAGUGAAGCCGAUUAUCUUUCCCGCCAGAUCGAUCCCGAAGAUUAUAUGCUCAAUCCAUUACAUUUUACCGCCCUCGACAUGCUGUGGGGCCCUCAUGCAGUUGAUAGAUUUGCAUCAUUUAAUACUCGUCAAAUCCCUAGAUUCUGCAGCCGGUGGUUGAGUCCUUGCACAGAGGCGGUCGAUGCCUUUACAGUAAACUGGAGUGGGGAGAAUAACUGGAUUUUUCCACCACCAUACUUGAUCCCAAAAGUAAUUUCUCACAUGUGUGCUAACAAAGAAGAGGGUACUUUGAUAGUGCCUCUAUGGUCUUCUGCAUACUGGUGGCCCCUUCUUACUAUAGACGGCAGGCGUCCUAUGCCUUGGAUUACCGAGUGGUUGGAUAUUCCACUGGCAGAAGACACCUUCAUUCCAGCAGUUAGCCACACAUGCCUCUUUGGGUCUGGCACCCCAUCAUAUCGAGUUCUCGCACUUAAAGUUCGUUUUAAUAAUAAUUUACAAAACAUAGUGAAGCCAUUUAUCUAG